CUUGGGAAGUGAAUCACGAAUCAGUUAUAUCCAUUUAACUUGUUAUCCAUUGUGUGUGUUAUUUCCUGGUUGAUUUUCAUUCCAAUUUUUAAUUCUCCAUCUUCAUCUUUAAUCAUUAUUAUUCAUCAUUCUAAUUAAGAUGCAAAUCAAACUUGUUACUAAUUAAUUAGUUUGAUUAUUUGUCUCUUUAAUUGUCGCAAUUUAACAACGCUAAUAAUUCAAGACCAACAAUUGAUUUGGAAAUUUUGGAAACAAACUUUUCGAUCAACUUUUCUUUUGGAAACUGUUUCCAUCUCUCUGUGUAUUUUUGUGUUUAAAUUGUUGAAUUUUAAACUUGAGAGACAACAAGAUUAAACAAUCAACUCUAAUUGUUUAUCCUUCUCGUGCUAAUCAAUUUAAUUAUGAGUGAUUUGGAAGUGCUUGAACAAUGUGCCAAGCAGCAGCAAAUUAAAUUGGUUAAUUUAGGAUUGAAAUCAGUUAACUCACCUUUUCAUCUUCCACAUCAUUUACUGGACUCACCUGAAUCAAAGGAUUCAUCACGAUAUAAGGUUCGAUAUAUGACCAAUGAAGAUUACGGGAUGAGUGAAAAGGUUGAUAAUGUUCACAAUGGACACCACAAGGAACCGAUUAAUUAUUGUUCAGAUAAUUCUGAGAUGGAUGAUAUGGAACCCGAAGAUGACUGUGAUUCAAUGGAUUCGGAGAAAUCUCUUAAUCUGACGAUGGGAGAUAAUUCAAUGGAUACUUCAACACCAACAUCAACCACAACGUUAAUCUCAACAAAUUAUAAUGAUAAACAUUUUACUUCCUCCAAUGGAACAGUUAAUCUGGUCAACACUUUGUCAACAUCUCUCAAUUCAGCUAAUCGAGUUAUCCUUAAUCCAGUUUCUAGUGUAUUUAAUUCACCUUCAAUAUCAUCAUCUUCUUCAUCAGGAUCAGGAUCGGGAUCUGGUUUACAUUCAAAUACAAUUAAAACAACAACCUCAUCAACAAUAACCAAUCAAACAGUAUUACUGCCUUCAUCUUCAUCUUCAGGUGGAUCAUCAUCACCGACAACAGUAUCUCCACUUCCGGCCUCAUCACCUUUAUCAUCCUCAUCACCAAAUGCAUCAGCAGCCACAACAUCGGCAUCAAUAGCCAAUAAUUUACAUCAAUUGGAGCAAUUACAGGGUAUCCCUUUGAACCUUAAAGGUAAUGGUGGUGGUUCAAGUGGAGGAUCAAAUGGCAAUGGUAUUAAAGGUGAAUCAGCAGGUAAUACAGGUAAUCCUAAUCCCAGUGGAACUGAUUUAACAACAAAUAGCUCCAAGAAUCUUUCCUCUAGUUCAAUCGAUGGAAACAAUUGUAAUAAUAAUUGUAGUAAUAACAAUAAUAGUAAUAACAGUUUACCAUCUAAUACAAUCAACAAUGGUAAUGAUAAUGGUUCAACUGGUCCAAAUGACCUUUCAACUGGAUCAUCAUCUUCAUCUUUAAAUCGGUCACCAGCAAAUUCAUUGGCAGCGCCCAAUUUAUUAGCUUCAACUGCGGCAGCAGCUCUUGCGGCAGCGGCAACAACAGGAUCUAAUUUACCAAUUAAUCAACUGGCACAGUUAAUGGCCGCUGCUGGAGCAGCUCAAGGACAAUUAUUAUUACAAGCAACUUUAGCUCAACAAUUACAACAAGCGACAUCAAAGCAAAUACCGGUAACUCCUAAUCUUGGCGGUUUCCCAUUAAAUGCAACCGAUUUACAACAAUUCCAACAACAACUUCAACAACAACAACAAAAUUUACAAAGCCUUCAACAGUUAAUCCUCCUUCAAUCAACUGGACAAUUGGCUCCUAAUUUACAGGCAAUGUUAUUACAGAAUCAGGUUGAACAAGGUUACCUUCAGCAAACCCUACAAACCUUAGCUGGACAUGGAAUGUCUUUGCCUCAAGUUGCUGUUGCAGCUCAACAAUUACAACAAUUACAAGAAUCACUUGGUAUUAAUGGAUCAUCAUCAUUAUCUUCAACCAAUUCAUCGCCAUCAUCAGCAUCUUCAUCCUCAUUAGGAUCUCAGGAAUGUUCACCACAAACCAAAUCUUCAUCAUCAUCAAUAUCUAAUCAUCACCAACAACAACAACAACAACAUCAUUCCCAUCAAACUAAUUUAUCAAUCACGGUUAAUACACCUUUCCAUAAUGGUGAUCAUAAUCAUAAUCAUCAUCACCAUCAACAUCAUCGUAACACUAAAGGUGAUACUAGAAAAUCAAGUCCAAUAAUAUCUGAUCGUAGGUCACCUUUAACAAUUAAAGAAACAGCCCAACAACAAAUUAACCGUUUACUUGGUUCACAAUCAACUAAAUCAUUAGUUAAUUCAAUGAAUACUGGACGUGAUACACCGACAACGAUUAUUACACCAACGGGAUCAAUGGCAAAUGCUAUCGCAACUACAAUUACUUCACCUUCGGCCCAAAGUCCAUCUCCGACAACCUCAUCAUCAACCUCAUUAUCUUCAUCUUUUAUCUCAUCUUCAUCUUUACCCAACAAUUUAUCAUCUAACAUGAAAGUUAGCCAAUUAAUGUCCUCAGUGGCAGCUAAUUCAACUUUAAAUGGUAAUCAAAAUAAUAGUACUUUAAACAACAAUCAUCAUCACCAUCAUCAUCAUGUCACCAACGGCAAUAAUAAUACUAUCAACAAUAGUAAUAAUAACAAUGGUUUCAGUAAUGGUAACAAUAAUCAGACUAAAUUAAACCAACGAAAUGGCUCAUCAUCGGACAUCCUUUGCAAUCAAAAUAAAGUUAUCAAUUUGGUUAAUCAUCACAAUAUCAUGAAUGGUUUAAAUGAUCCACUUUCAUCUGCAUCUUCAGCAUCCUCAUCAUCUUCAUCUAAUUCCAAUCAUCAUCAAAUAACAUCAAUACGAUCACGAACUGAAACAAGUCCUGAAGAGAUGACAGAUCUUGAAGAAUUGGAACAAUUUGCUAAAAUGUUUAAACAACGAAGAAUCAAAUUGGGUUAUACCCAAGGAGAUGUUGGCCUGGCGAUGGGUAAAUUGUAUGGUAACGAUUUCAGUCAGACAACAAUUAGCCGAUUUGAAGCUCUUAACCUUAGCUUUAAGAAUAUGUGCAAAUUAAAGCCUCUUUUGGAGAGAUGGUUAAAGGAUGCGGAUGCUUCACUUACCAAUCCAGGAGUCAUGUCAUCAUCUCAGGCAUCAGCUGAUGCAAUUGGACGAAGGCGAAAGAAACGCACGAGCAUCGAGACAACAGUUCGUGUCGCCCUAGAAAAAGCAUUCAUCUCAAAUCCUAAACCAACUUCAGAAGAAAUAACUAUGCUUGCAGGUUCCCUUUGCAUGGAGAAAGAGGUAGUUCGAGUUUGGUUUUGUAAUCGAAGGCAAAAAGAGAAACGUAUCAAUCCACCUCCCAAUUCAUCAGGAACUUCACCCAUUCCAAAUGGAUCAGGUUCACCCUUCCACCAUAGUCUAUCAAUGGCCUCCGGUGGAUUAAGUAAUAGUCCUCUAAAUAGUCCGAUGCCUUCGGAUAUUGAUGAAUAAAAGAGAGAGAGUGAGAUGCAACAAAUUUUACCAGAAAAAAAACACAAGAAAUCAGGAAAAAUCAUUCAUAAUCAUCAUCCGUAAUCAUGACAUGAUAAUUAUCUUAAAUCAUCUAAUUAACUUCUCUAUUCUCUCACCCUCCAUCAUUUUUCAUCAUCAACAUCAUCCACUCUUCCAAUGACCUUUUCCUCAACUUAUUCCCUUAAGCAAAUCACACACACAACCAAAUCUUCAAUAAGUCACAUAAACAGUUUUUCAUAUGAUAA